GAACAGGGCCUUUUCUGGGCGGGGCUCUGCUGUGGAGCCGAACAUUCAGGCAUGCUGGGAAACUAAAGCUAAAGCGACAUUAUGUUUCUCUUCGUCUGUGGCUUACAAUCUGUUUUUUCUUCCUCCAGAGAGCGGCAUACCUGUCCAGGUAGUAGCUGCCAUCGACAUAAACACCACGGCCAAUCAAAUCUACAGGCACAAUUUUCCCGACACCCCCCUCUGGAACAAGACCAUUGAGGGCAUAACACUAGAUGACUUCAAUAAAUUAUCUUUUGACAUGAUUUUGAUGAGCCCUCCUUGCCAGCCUUUCACCAGGAUUGGACUUCAGGGUGACCUUGCUGACCCCAGAACCAAGAGCUUCCUCUACAUCCUCGAUCUUCUGCCAAGGCUGUGCAGGCUGCCCCGCUUCAUCCUGCUGGAGAAUGUGAAAGGCUUUGAGAGCUCCUCUGCCAGGGAACGUUUGGUGAACACACUGAUGGAAUGUGGAUACACUUUCCAGGAGAUCAUGGUCUCGCCUACAAGUGUUGGGAUCCCAAAUUCAAGACUGCGUUACUUCCUGAUUGCUAAGAUGUCAACAGAAAACCUUAGCACCAAGACAAGUUCAAAGAUUUUAGAUGCCUUCCCACAUCCUGCUGAGAAUGAUUCCCUUGAGCAGCCCACAGUCUUCAGUCCUCCCCAUCCAGGUACCUGCCAGCCAGAAGAGGAGAUGCAGGGCGGUCAUGUCCUGUACAAACUAGAGACAGCACUGGAUGCCCAGAGGAAGAUGAAUCAGAACAACGAUCUGUGUGUGAGGCAGAUCCAAGACUUCCUGGAACCACAGAUGGAAGUGAACAUGGACCACUAUCUCCUGCCUCCUAAAACACUGCUGCGAUAUGCUCUGCUCCUGGACAUUGUGCGGCCGACAUGCAGGAGGUCUGUCUGCUUUACCAAAGGCUAUGGGCGGUAUGUGGAGGGAACUGGCUCAGUACUGCAGUGCUGCAUGGAAACAGAGAUGGAGAGUGUGUUUAGAGGUCUGGACCAGUACUCUGAGGAGGAGAAACUCCUGCGGCUGUCGAAACUGAAGCUCCGUUAUUUUACUCCCAGAGAAGUUGCCAACCUCAUGGGUUUCCCUCAAAGCUUCUCCUUUCCAGAGCAGAUCCCUACCAAGCAGCAGUACAGAGUUCUAGGAAACAGUCUCAAUGUUGUGGUGGUGGCCAGACUCCUACAGCUGCUGGUCUGCUAGCACUCGGGACACACCGGAGGAGGAGACCGUCCCGUGUGUCAUUAUGGAUUGUAUUACAGUGCUUCUCUGUCCAGUGGCUGUGUUUGAAAAUGUACAGUCUAGUUUUUGUUGGGGAUGUUAACUGGUCAAACGCUUUAUAGUGACAUCACCACUGAACAGUGUAACUUACUUACUGUCUUACAUGUCACUUAAACUGGCUGACCUAGAAUAUGUUUGUUUUUUAUGAGUAUAUUAAUAGAUUUUUUAAUAAUCAAAAUAAAAACCUAAAAAAGAA